GCAACAACAAAUAAUAAAAUCCUCCUAGUUGCCCCGUGUGGAGUAGGUUGCAGUUGGCGACCGAACCAUGUUAAAUCCUGUAUCAUUUAUUUUUCUACAGUUGAUUCGUGAUUGUGUGUUGUUUCCGCCUGCAUUUAUUCCCAACAAGUGGUAUCGGAGCUUUGGUUCGGCAACACCGGAAAUCCGAUUAGCAGAAACUAAUCAGAGAAGAGUGUCACCUGAAGAACCCUGUGCAGUAGCAGGAGCCUGUGUUUGGGCCGCUGCCGCCGGAGCACCAUCAUCCCCGUCGAUCCACGGAGAGCUUCCGCGCUUGAAUCGGGAAAGCUGCAGCUGGCAGUGAGUCACGAGUAGACUCACCGUUGCCGCCUUCGAUCGCGUAGCCCAGAACCGUCGUAGAAGAGCAGCUCUGGUCUGUCCAGCCAUUGCUUCUGGCCACACGCAGAAGAGCCACCGCCUUGUGGUCGUGCAACAAGAAGAGAGACCGCUGCCGCCGUCGAUCUCCCUGGUCGACCGCCGCUGGAGAUCUGCUGAGUUCGUCGUUGAUUGCCGCUGUCUAGAGAGGGUGCAACGGGACCAGGAGCCAGAGCGCCAUUGUUGUUUCUAAAAAAAAUCCAGCCGCCGGGAGAGGAGAUUCCCGUCAGCCGCUGGUUGUGACCCACGCACAGAUUCGCCGGAAGACACAGGAGCAGCCGACAGAGAUCUCAGUCGUCCGGUCACUGUCGAGUUCGCCGCUGGGUCUUGAACCGCAGAGAGGAACUGCCCCCGCAGUGAAGAGGGGCGAAGCUGUCGCGUCUGACCAGCGCCCAACCCAGCGCCGCCGUGUGUUGCUGUCUCCAUCGCCCAAUUGCCACUGAAAUUGCACAGUAGCCGAAAAAAAGUGGAAUGCUUUUGCUUGGCAGGUAUCUAAUCUUGUCAUUGGAGAUGGCAGAAGAUGGGAAGUUCCGAAUUGAAAAGUUCGAUGGUACAGAUUUCAGUUGGUGGAGAAUGCAAAUUGAAGAUUUGCUGGUUCAGAAAGAUGUGGACGUGGUAUUGGGUGACAAGCCAGAUUAGAUGUCAGCUGCAGAUUGGGCAGGUUUAGAUCGGAAAGCAGUGUCCGUGAUCCGACUCUCGUUGACCAAGAAUGUUGCGUUCAACAUUCUUAAGGAGACGAGAGCGAAAGGGAUUAUGGAAGCGCUGUCUAACAUGUACGAGAAGCCAUCUACGGCAAACAAAGUGUUCCUGAUUAGAGAAUUGGUGAACACAAGGAUGAAAGAAGGCACUUCAAUUACCGAGCAUAUCAACAAGUUGAACUCGAUCUUAGCCAGACUUUUGUCAGUGGGCAUUAAGUUUGAUGAUGAAGUUCAAGCUUUACUACUGUUAUCGUCAUUGCCUGACAGUUGGUCUGGAACUGUUACAGCAGUUACCAGUUCAGCGGGACCUGACCGAUUCACUUUUGAGAAGAUUCGUGAUCUCGUUCUUGGCGAAGAUGUCAGAAGAAGGAGUUCUGGUGAGUCUUCUGGAGAAUCACUAAAUAUCGUCAGAGGUAGAAGAAAUAACAGAUAUAGUGGGAGCAAGAACAGACGAAGGAGUCAAUUGAAGACUCGAGAUAGCUCAGGCGUAACAUGCUGGAAGUGCAAGGAGGUGGGGCAUUUUAGGAAUCAAUGCCCGAAAAAGGAUAAACAAGUGAACAUUGCUGAAGGCUCCGCGAGCGACGAGGAUUUGUUUAUCUGUUGUGCGGAGUGCAAUGUGGAUUCCUGGGUCAUGGAUUCAGGUGCUUCAUUUCAUGCUACCCACAGUGGUGAAGCAUUGCAGAAUCUAGUUGAUGGGGACUUUGGAAAGGCAAUUGGACGAACAAGGACACGAAGUGAAGUUCAGCAACGGGAAAUAGAAGGUCGUGAAGGGAAAUCUUGUCAGGCCCGCGGAAGGAAGAGUGGGUCGCUGUACAUAGUCGAGUUACCGUCUGAGGGAGUGACCGUCCCAGUUCAGAAAAGAAACAAAGUCUGGUUCACAGAGUCUCGUGGGCAGAAGAAGGUUGUCUUUGCAAGAGAGGAACCUAGAGCCAGGUCAGACUCAGGUUGGACGAGCGAGGAAAGGUUCAAGGAGGGCAGUGAGAGGUAUCUGUGGCAGUGGGAGCACAGGUGGUGCUUCAGCCAAGGUUCCAAAGAAACAAUGGGUCCGGAGAACCAGUAUUCCAGCUGUUGAAACAUCUCCAUUCGAUUUCUUGCUGACUAUGGAGAUUGUUUGUUCUCAGGGUGUUCCAGGAUCCAGCAGUUCGUGUGUGCAGUGGGAGCCGGUAGGGACCGAGGACGAGUCAGGGGCAGUUCAAGCCAUGACUGAUGGGUUGAAACUCAGGAGAGUUUCAACAGAGUCUUCUCGAUGAUCAAGAAGGCUGGUGGCAACUAGAGGUGGUGGAAUUUUGAGUUCCAUUGUCAGAUUACAGAAGUACAUGUGCACAGUUGAAGCGCAGUGCUCCCAUAAUCGAACGGUACACGGAGGGGUUCGACGCGAGAGAUCCUCCUAAGCCCGACAGCUUCCCUCGUGUAUCAACUGGGGUGGACACUUGUUUGCAUGAGAGCAUGCCGCACGCUCUAGAAUAUCAUAAAGAAACUGAGUCUGUGUGAGAAACAAGCCAUGAGAGGUGCGCCGAACAUUGAUCCCCUAAAUUAGUGAAGAUCCCCUGUGUUUGUCAUAGCGAACUCUCCCUUCAAACGCUAAUCUGGAUCGCGACCCAUUUAAAAAAUAUUUUAAGAGUAAUGCGGAAGUACAAUAAUAAUCAAAUCAUGACACAUUUAAAAAUCUGAUGAUCAACAUUUGCCUGCCAUCCUUGCAUCUCCUCUGACUCAAUGCCCUCCGGGAGUGGUUCCAUCAUUGUCCUCUUGUUACCUACGUGUAGUCAACGAAAAAUACAAACUACACGCUCCGCGAAACCGCUGAGUGGUACCACGCUAGAAUUGUAGAACAAUUCAUAGACAUAUAAAUAUACAUAUAUAUACGUCCACAAAAUGUAUAAUAAUAUUCAUGAUAUGGCACAUUAUAUCACAUGUUCAAUUUGAUGAUUUAUGAUGAUGGAUAUUUAAUGAUGAUUACCUGAUGGUAUAUUUAAUCAAUAUAAUUAUUUUUGAUGAUGAUUACAUGACACCUAUGUAAUCAAUAUAAUUGUUCUUGAUGAUGAUUACAUGACACCUAUGUAAUCAAUGUACUUGAUGAUGAUAACAUGAUUUCACAUUUAAUCAAUUUGAUUGUUCUUGAUGAUGAUUACAUGACACCUAUGUAAUCAAUGUACUUGAUGAUG